AGUCUCCUCAGUUUCACUCCUUCGUGUGUGUCGGCUUCAUCGACUGGAAGAAGAGGAGUUGAACUUGACAAAGUAGGGGCUGUCGCGAUCACAGAAGCGAUUAAAAGAAUCCCUGGAGUGGACAUAAAGGGGACUAGUGGGAGUCGGGGGGGUUAAGAGAACGAAGAAAGGCGAAGAAAGAAGGCUCCAGGUGUCGUGAUGGAAGCGCGCAGCGUGUGAUUGGGGGAGCUGUUUUUCUUUUCUUCACCCCCCCUCUCAAGCGGAUUACAAAAGUAAACACUGAAACGUGGACCUAGAACUGCCUUUUGUCCGUCACACUUGACGAGGAGAGUCCGCUCCAUGAACAUGUCAUCCCCAGACAGAAGCAAAACCGUGCGUGACCUGGCUUUGGAAAUUGGAAUCCGAGUUAUGCUCUUUGGAGUUUUUGUGUUUACCGAAUUCCUGGAGCCCUUCGAACGAGUCAUCCAACCGGAGGAGCUGUGGCUCUACAAGAAUCCGCUGGUUGAGUCCGAUCAUAUUCCCAAAAGGGUCAUGUUCGCAAUCUCCUUUCUUACUCCUCUGGCGGUGAUAUUUGUGGUGAAGAUAAUUCAGAGGACAGACAAGACCGAAAUCAAAGAAGCAUGCUUAGCAGUGUCACUGGCUCUCGCCCUGAAUGGAGUUUUCACAAACACUAUCAAGUUAAUUGUUGGCAGACCGAGGCCUGAUUACUUCCAGCGGUGUUUCCCAGACGGCCAAGUGAACGCAAAGAUGUUGUGUACCGGGGAGCCUCAUUUGGUCUCGGAAGGUCGCAAGAGUUUUCCCAGCAGUCAUUCCUCUUUUGCAUUCUCUGGGCUUGGAUUCACUUCUUUCUACCUGGCGGGCAAGCUGCAGUGCUUUACGGAUCAAGGUCGAGGUCGUAGCUGGCGCCUCUGUGCCAUGGUGCUGCCCCUCUACAGCGCAAUGAUGAUCGCUUUGUCCAGAACCUGUGACUACAAGCACCAUUGGCAAGAUGCCUUUGUUGGAGGAGUGAUCGGGCUAUUGUUUGCCUACAUCUGCUACCGCCAGCACUACCCCCCCUUUCUGCACACGGACUGUCACCUUGCCUACGCCAGCCUGGCUGCCAUUGCACACACAUCCUUGCAUCCUCAGGAGGAUCAGCGGCCCACUGACAAUGCUACUAACCUCCCCCUGGAAGGCUUGACUGAAGCACCACUAUGACUAGUGGCCACCUCUGAGACGACCCUCAACACGCCCAGCCAGCCAAUGAACACACCUCCACAUUCCCACUGACAAAAUGGCUUUUGGGUACAUUCCAGUGGACAGUAAGCCACUCCCCUCCAUUCUUUUAUUUUCAUGUUUCCAUGACAACUACUUUUUCGUGUCUUUUGUACUGUUUUUGCUUAGCAGCUGUGAAAGUCUAGAAUCAGGGGUGUCAAACUCAUUUCUUUCACGGGCCACAUUGUAGUCAUAGCUUCUUUCGGAGGGCCAUUAUGACUGUCAAC